AAGCAGCUCAACUUCACCCAGAAUACAUUCCGAUAUAUCCUAUCUGUGAACAACGCAUCAUCUCACAAAGCACCUCGGCCGACGUCUAUCCAAACCUGAAACCACGCGGAAAAUCUCAACACUUAUCAACCUGAUAGACCAUGGCCGUCGGCGCAAAUAAAACAUCGAAUCAAAGACCCGAUAAGUCGCCUACAAACCCCGUCUCCAAAACAGGAACAAAACCAUUGAAGAAACCUCGGAAAAGUGUCGAAAAGAAACGAACUUCCGAUGCUGCAUCAGCUAGUAAAUCCAAAAAGCCUCAUCGGUACAGACCUGGUACGGUCGCAUUAAGAGAAAUACGACACUAUCAAAAAUCCACAGAUCUCCUGAUGCGGAAGCUUCCAUUUGCGCGGCUGGUACGAGAAAUCGCGAUGGAUUAUGCUCUGGCAACAGAUGAUGGGGCGGCUUUAAGGUGGCAAAGCAGUGCCUUGCUUGCCCUCCAAGAAGCAGCCGAAGCCUACUUGGUCCACAUCUUUGAAGACACGAACCUCUGCGCCAUUCAUGCCAAGCGGGUCACGAUUAUGAAGCGGGAUAUGGAGCUAGCACGAAGACUGAGAGGCGGUCCUUGGGCGUCGGAGGUCAUCUAAAACAACCAAAGAUCCUUCCUUCAUAUCAACUUUCCCUCGAGUUACGCGUCGCUUCCCCCAUCCAUCACCUUACUUCAAACGACUCAUCGCCUUACCCCACCCCUUCUACCCAAUCUCACCACACUCCUCAAUGCCUUGUCUAUUCUAACGCGACGCCUGCCUGGUCCUCUUACUGUUCACGAGCCAUCUACCCCCUCCCAAAGCUGAGCUAGGCUAUGUCAUAUUUCUGUAAAAACAUUAUCGGGUGUUAAGCCACUGAAAAUCACGAGUUGUGAAAGAUCUCAAGCUACUCGGAAAAAGAGAAAAAAAUUCUUCGAAAAGAAGCAUCCAGCAGUCGGGGCUCCUCAGUCUCACUGUAACGAGCGAAGGGCGGGGGGGGGGUAUUCAAAAGUGGUAUUUAGUCGGCCUCCAGACCUAUAAUUCUA